UGAUGGGCGAUAGGUGAUAGGUGACCUCCUCCGCCACGCAGAAAAACAGAACUCGAAUCAGGAGCACCCCAAGUACGAUAGCGGAACAUCUCGUUCAUCAAGUACGCGCCGAGAGAGGAGUGAGAGUGGCGAGAGAAAGGCACUGGUGGCAUCGCUACUGCUGCUGAGAGGAGAGCGUCGGCCGUCCGCAUCUGCAUCGUGACGGGCGAGAACCCGUUCGAUUCGCGUUAGUACUUAUGACGGCGAUAAUUCUGCUGGCGUGCCACUCAGUACGCGAACUCCUAGAUCUGUCGGAUGCACUGUGGCACAACGCGUUUGACAUAGACCGGAGCCUAACUUACUACCGCAACAAGCGACGCCUGCAGCUGUUCCAGUUUCAUUGCCGGGAGCUCUGGUUGCGUCAGGCCAUGAUCCGGGAGGCGGACCUGAUUGAUUUCGGCGACGAGGCCGACGCGGAGAGCAGCUUCUACGGCAGCCAGGCGCGGACGGUGCACCAGAGGUUCCACGAGGCGGAGCGCCAGCAACUGGAGCCGCUGGCGGACGCCUUCGAGGACAUCGAAGUCAUCGACGGGAAGCAGUUUGAUGCCACGUUCUACGAGUAUACCGAUGUACUGCCAAAGUACCGAAACGAUCAGCUGGGCAAGUUGCGCGAAGGAGUCAGUUUCACCAUCACCGGCAGGCUGGCCCUGACCUGCGAGAGAUUCUCCAUCAACUUGGCCCACAACAACGAAAAGAAGGAUGUGGCGCUGCACAUAAAUCCGCGCCUGCCCCAGAACUACAUCGUCCGGAACACAAAGGUCCAGGAUAUAUGGGGCCGGGAGGAGGUCGCCUCGGCCCUGCCGUUCGUCCUGCACCGCGGAGACAACUUCUCCAUCCAGGUGCUCGUCACAGACGCCUGCUACAUGAUUUCCGUGAACGGCCAGCACUUUGCCGAGUACGCACACCGCAUUCCCUACCAAGAUGUCCGAGUUCUGGAGGUCAAGGGCGACGUGGACAACGUGGAGAUGCAGCAGUCGCUGGUGCUCAGCUACCCGCAGCGCACCCCCGCCUCAGAGGCGAAGAACAUUGAGCUCCGCCUGAACGAGGGAGUCGACGAAAUAGACGCCAGCGUCGAGGAGGCAGUCAACAUCCCGCAGGAGUGGUGUCUCAUCAGCGCGCCCUCCAAGCACCUUUCGGAUGAGGGCUCCCCAAAGAGCAGCCACAGUGCCGGUGACCUCGGCCUGACCCUGCCCUACUACGGCGCCCUGCCCCCGAACUCGCUGUGCGAGGGACGGUGCCUGAAGAUCGAGGGACGCGUGCGCCUGCUCCCCCACUCGUUCUACAUCAACCUGCAGGAGGGCCAGGACAUCUGGCCGCAUCCGGUCAUAGCAUUCCACUUGAACCCGCGCUUCUCAAGGUCUGGGGGCGGUGCUAUCGGCAAGGCGGUGGUCUGCCGCAAUGCCUGGGAGAACGGCCAAUGGGGCGAGGAGGAGCGCUCCGAGCUGGACACAAACUUCCGUCCGGGACGCACCUUCAGCCUGGCGAUCGUCUGCACAAAGGAGUCCUUCGAGGUGUACGUCAACCGCCAGUACCUGACGGAGUUCAAGUACAAAGUCAGCCCGGAGCGGGUGAACACCAUCUACAUCCAGGGCGACGUCAAGCUGUGGAAUGUGACGGUGGAGCAGAAUCCCAUGAUCAGGGGCAAGAAUGUCCGCAUCUACCACAACCCCGUCUACUCCGAGGAAUACUAAGGGAACAUACUGAGGAUCUGAACUGUUUUAUUUUUUACACCUGUUGUCUUAUUAAUAAGCGACAAUAAUAAAGCUAUAGCCUUGUUUAUAUUAUUGUUGAUGCUAGAA